ACUUAUUGGACUCGUCGAUAAACCCUAACAAAAACCCUACGGUUUAAUCUCCAUCUCCCCCUUCUUUACAACUAAAAAAUACUUAGCAGAAAAAUGGGAAGUCUUGUUUUGAUGAGGAGAUCGUCGCUGAAGACGUUCGCUCUCACCGCCGCCAGCCGUUUCCUUUCCGCCAAUCCGCAAUCAGCUCCAAAUGCUGCUUUUGAGGCACGAAUUCACACCUGCACAGCCGGUUCGGUGCUUCCCAAAGAUUCUCCUGGCGUCGGAAAUGGAUUUCCGAGGAGUUUCCACUCGGGCCAGACUCUGCGGGCUGGGUUGGCUGUGGCGGACUAUUCUGAUGGGGAAAGUGACGAGGGGCUCGCAAUCUCCAAGCUUGAUAUCUCGCCACAGAUUGCAUCGGCUUUGAAGAAUAGGGGAAUCGAGAACCUUUUCCCGAUUCAGAGGGCAGUAUUGGAACCUGCCAUGGCAGGUCGUGAUAUGAUAGGGCGAGCACGAACUGGAACAGGGAAGACCCUAGCUUUUGGCAUUCCCAUCAUGGAUAAAAUUAUUAAGUUCAACAAGAAGCAUGGACAGGGCAAGAAUCCUCUGGCCCUUGUCAUGGCUCCAACCAGAGAACUUGCUCGACAGGUUGACAAAGAAUUUGCUGAGUCUGCCACAGAAUUGGAUACACUUUGUGUUUACGGGGGUGUUCCAAUAUCCCGCCAGAUGAGCACUCUUGACCGUGGUGUUGAUGUGGUGGUUGGAACUCCUGGCCGCAUCAUUGAUUUGAUUAAGCGUGGUUCCUUGAAUCUGUCAGAAGUGCAGUUUGUUGUCCUUGAUGAAGCUGAUCAGAUGCUUAAUGUGGGAUUUGCAGAAGAUGUUGAGAUGAUCCUGAGCUUCAUAAAGCAGAAACACCAGACAAUGAUGUUUUCAGCUACAAUGCCGAAUUGGAUUCUGAAACUUACCCAGAAGUUCUUGAAAAGCCCGGUUACUGUUGACCUCGUCGGAGAAUCUGAUCAGAAAUUAGCUGAUGGGAUUACCCUAUAUUCCAUAGUUUCAGAUAUGCGGCAGAAACCAGCUAUACUCGGACCUCUGAUAACUGAGCAUGCAAAAGGAGGAAAAUGUAUUGUGUUUACUCAGACGAAGCGUGAUGCUGAUAGGUUGGCGUAUGCUAUGCAAAGAAACUUUAAAUGUGAACCAUUGCAUGGUGAUAUAACACAGAACCAAAGAGAAAGGACUCUGUCUGCUUUUCGUGAGGGAAGGAUCAAUAUUUUAGUGGCCACUGAUGUUGCUGCGCGAGGACUUGAUGUCCCAAAUGUUGAUCUUGUGGUGCAUUAUGAACUUCCCAACUCUUCUGAAAAUUUUGUUCAUCGAUCUGGACGAACUGGACGUGCUGGAAAGAAAGGUAGUGUGGUUCUUAUUUAUUCAGACCACCAAUAUAGGGAAAUCAAGGCUAUUGAGCGUGAAGUUGGAUGUCGUUUUGUUGAGCUCCCGAAGAUAGCUGUUGGAGAUGAUGCUUUGAGCAUGUAUAGUGCCAUGGAUCAGGGUGGCCGUCCUGGUUUUGGUGGUUUUGGCGGAAGCAGCAGGGGAAAUGGUCGAUUUGGUGAUUCUGGUUUUGGGCGUUCUGGUGGUUUUGGAGAUUCUAGGGGUGGUCGUUCUGAUGGAUAUAUUGGUUCUUCUGGUGGAUAUGGAGGUUCAGGAGGUGGCCGUAUUGGUUCAGGUGGUGGAUUUGGGGGACAAGGUUCAGGCAACUCCAGUGGUUUUGGUCCUAGCAGGUCAGGUGGUUUCGCGGAUUUUGGGGGCUCUGGCCUCUCAGAUGGUUUUGGUGGCCUGGGUGGUUCGUUUAGAAACAAUGAUUCACGCCGCUCUGGUGGUUUUGGUUUUGGUUCUGAUCGAUCAGGUAGAUCUGGGAGUUCUGGUUCCCGCUUUGAUGGUAAUGAUGGCAACAGUGAUGGAUUCUUCUAAAGAUAGCAAAGUAUGUAGCAGCAUUAUUGCAGCAGUGAACGAAAAGAUGGUAAAAGAGUACCACCCAGGAGCAAGCUUCACUAGUCAUCUACCCUGAGAAGUGAGAAGUGUGCUUUUGGUCAGGAGAAUCCAAUAAUUUUCAGAGAAACGGAUGUAGGGAUUUUCUUUGUCUGCUGCUACUGCUUAAUAUUUGUUAUAUCCCAUAUGUUUUUGUUUUGUUA